UAAGUCUCGUGCCUUAGCGCUCGCUCACAAACCCGAAACUGCAGUGGACACUAGAAACUACAGAGAAACUCCAAACUACAGAGAACCCUCCACACUCCAGCGCGCGCGGUGUCACUGACCCCUCGUGACGCCCCCUCUGUCUGGCCGUACAGGCUGCGAGUGGACGCUGCUCAGAGGUCAGCGGCUGCAGUUCGUGCAGACUGUGAGGGAGACAGGCUGAGCGCUGUGUGGAGGAGCACGCCACAGAUGGAUGCAGGGUGCUGAGUGACGGGACACUAAGUGGAUUGGAAGAGUCUGACAGAGUGACAGAGGUACAGAGACAAAAGAGAGAGAGAGAGAGAGAGCAAGAGAGAGAGAGAGACAGAAUAAUCUGGCUAAUCCAGGACAGACCAAUCCUGACGGAACGCUUCACUCACGUCCGCUGCGAGACACAGCGGCAGGGAUUACGGCUGGGGAAAAACACGCACACACCUACACAGAUACACUCACUCACUCACUCACUCACUCACUCACUCACUCACUCACUCACUCACUCACUCACUCACUUUGAGGCCUGAAGCCUGAGGAACGUUCGGCAGAAACAACAAAGACUGGGGAAAGUCGGCAGGACAUCCUGUGGACUGCUAGGGAAUGAAACCUCCAGAAGGAAAAAGAGAUAUUUCUUUUGGCUGCUAGAGAAGGAGGACAAAAUAAGUGCUGGAGAACACUGCACUUACGCAUUACAGCAUUCAGUCCUGGUUAGUUUGCUUUGUGGAAAACUUUCAUGUCUAAAGUUUCAUGCCUAAAGAGGUCAUUGCAACAGAAAUAAGUCAAUAGUAAAGUGGUUUAAUGGAGCUUUGAGUUUAGUUAAACAUACUGGAGCUCUUUAUCAUAUUUUAUUAUGUGUAAAAUAACCCUGUAAACUCCUACAAAGGGCGUAACUACAAAGUUACAUAUCAUUGCACCUGUCAAAGCCUUAUAUCUCCAUUUCUUUACUUCAACAAUUUAAGAAAUUGCUCUUGACACUGUGUGAAUAUUUCGUGAUGAAUGGAUCAACAGAAAUGUCCUAAAACUUACUUAGAAUAAGAUCUUGUUACACUGACACACAUCAACUUAAGAUCUCUUCAUCCAUCUCCUAUAAAUUUAUCCUUUAGGAGAUAAAAGAUUGUGUUAUUGCAGAUUCAAUAUUAGUUUCUUAGUUGUUCCUAAGUGGUUUAUUCUUAAUAUUUAUAUGUCAUUAUGCCUGAAUAAUAUGUGUUAAGAUUAUUAACGGAAUAAUAAGUCUACAGUUUAAGGAGUUAAUGGCUGAAUGUAGGUGUUUAGUGGAAGCAGAUGGAACGUGGUCGUUGUGAAUGCUUCUAGAGAGAGGAAAAGAGAGAGGGAUAGAAAAAGGACUGGUUAGCACUCAGGCUGGGAGGAGGUGUUUAAAACCCAUUGAAAUCCUAUUAAACUUCAUUAACAGGGUUAUUUAUAAUCUUUGAGUGAGUGUAGAGGACCAGGUCAGGGCAUGACCCAAAGCACCUUACUGUCCAUUACUCUAGGGGGACAAUAUCACCCAGCAGCAUAAAAAGCACAGCUGUGACUGAGCAGAGGGCUUUUAAGCAGAUUUUUGAUUCCAGACAUCUUGAUGGUGGAGUGAGUGAAGGUAAUAGUAGUAUGUUAUAACAGUUGGAAUCUGAAGUACAUUUCCCAAAGCAGUUCCAGUCCAGUCCUGGUCUGUGCUGUACUGCACUCAAUUUUGCAAGGUGGUUCCCUGAUUGGUCUGUUCAGGCCACUUAUUCAGUACCUUGCUGAGUAGCUGCUGAUUGGUCAGUCUUUGUGCAGUAAAUUGCUGAUUUUGGCAUCAGCACUUUUCUAAUUGGUCAGACUUUUUGCAUGGUAGUUCAGUAACCCACAAAUUCAGUUCACUCACUAGUCACUGAAAGAAUAGCUUAUUGAUGAUGGAGUCACUUUAAGUAUAGAUCUUUUUUCACUAAGUCUAACAGUGUACAAGUUAUUGGGGAUAGUAGGUGUUGGAGUAAGUCUGGUGCCUGUUAUGCAAGAAAGUAAAGCUUCUGUAUAGGUAUGCUAACACACAUCUGAGCUUGUGAGGGUUCCUGCCAGCAGUUGGACUUGCUGAAUUCUCCUCCCAGAGUUUCCUUAGACGACUGGAUGUUAAAACCAGAUAGAGUAAAGACCGCUAUAUCUCAAAAACACACCAAACUUCUGCACAUACACACACACACACACACACACCCAUACUACAGUUGGCUUCUUUAAGCAUCUGUGGUUCCAGAGAAAGUAGACAGUAUUGCUCUGUGAAGACAAGAUUGUUUUGCUAAAGGAGCAGUGUUACAGAGACUUUGGAUACUUUUUGGCAUGUUUCAUGCAAGUUUGCUUUGACCUCGUAUCAGGAGGAACGAAUAGCUUUCCGCUGCUCAUUUUUUUUUGUUGACUUUCUCUUGGAGUUAAAAGGAUUUCAUUUGGAUAUUUUUGAAGCCACACCUCAAAGGGAUCUUAUUGUCAGAAGACUGACAGACUUUUCAGGAAUCUCCUUAUAUCUGGAUUAAUGAAUCACAAAAAAACAAUCCUUUUGCGCUUUUUAUUUACUCACUCUGGGAAUUAAAGGAAUUUGAUUGGAGUUUGCAGAAUCAGGCCUAAAAGGGAUUCUACUUUCUGUCACCAUGAGUCUGGCCAAGCUUCCAGUAUUUAAAGGCCUUGUGUCGACAUCCCAAAGCAGGCGGCGCAUUAAGACCGAACUUUCUGCCGAGAUGAUUAGCCUGCCACUGGGGGACUUCCGCCACACCAUGCAUGUGGGCCGUGGAGGCGACGUUUUUGGAGACACAUCAUUCCUCAGUGAGCACGGAGGCCAGGGAAGCGCUCCGGAGAGUCCAGACUCCAAACCAGUGAGGUUUUUCUCCCGCACUCUCCGCCAUGUCAGGAGGAACCCCCAGCCCAGGCUUAGGACAGACUCCCGAGAGCUCUCAUCGCCACCCCCACCUAUCUCACCCAUCAUAAAAAACGCAAUCUCACUGCCCCAGCUCAAUCUGACCAAUGGAGGCCUGGAAGGGCCAAUGCUUCCCACCUCCACCAGCUGCCUGGAACAACCACUUUACUCCUACGGUGUCCAGUCAGGUUUCGUCACGCUGCCUCGUCUGUCCCGUCUCGACAGGAACUCAACAGAAUCACCUCCGCUACUGCCUCAGCAGCGGCGUGGCUCAGAUCCAGACACCUUCCCCACGCUCCAGCGCUCCGACUCCCUCACCUCCUUCACUGUGGACCUUGGACCCUCCCUCAUGUCUGAAUUGCUGGGCCUUAUCGACAGCUCCAGUGAUUUCCAGGGGGCACAACAGGACCUUGAGGAUGAAGAGGAAGAGGAGGAGCCAAGCUCAUUGUUUGAGAUGGCAGUGGAGAGUCCAUGUGUGAGCAGCAGGGGGCGCUCUAGCAGCCCCGACUGGACCCAGCAGGACACCGAAACAGGUGAGAAUGGGGACGUUAUUACACAGGUGACGCCGGAUGCUUCUAUGUGGUCCCCGGUGAGAGUGGAGCCGACUAUGGAGGCCGAAAGGUUCCAGCAGGCAGCCAACAUGCUGGCACGCCAUUACGGAGGGUCUGGAGUUAUAAAGGGACGACAGAAGGCACCGUAUGCUUUUCCUGAGGAGGAAGAGGAGAUCAAAGUAUGAACAUGGAGGGAAAGACAUUACAGAUAUGUUAAUGUAGACAGUACACUAAAGCAAUAAUUAAGCAAAAAGUCUAAUUUACACAUUUUCUCCCUUAUCCCAAGUAAUGUUUACCAGCCAACACAUGUUUGGUGUCUGAAGUUUGCUUCUUUAGUUUUGCACUGGAACUAAAGGCUAAUGUAGCUAAUUAAUAAUAAAUAGUUUUGCCUCAUCAAUUAGCACUGUGCAAAUUUUAUGCAUAAAUCAUCACACACAUCCCUUCCCAAACGUACAGACAAAAUUGAGGCGUCAAGAAUUCUGCUGCUACUGCUUUCAGCUAUGCAGUGCCCUUUUUAUUAAUAGUUUUUCUUGUUUGCCUACAUUAGCUUAUGUUAGCCUCAUAGAUUCAAUGUGAAACUAAAGAGACAAACAUCACACACCAAACAUGUCUUGCCUCAUGAAUUACAUUUAGAGUAAGAGAAAAAAUCUUUUUCUAUUUUUUUUUUGCAUAGCUGGGAAAAAUGCAAUUUCUUUUGAUUAUUUCCUGUCUUCCAUUUAAACCCUGAAGAAGCUGUAGUAGAUCAGAGAGCACUGCUGACUCUGUUGUUAUUUAGUCUUUUAUACUACAUGCAUUUUUCAAAUACAAUGAAAGCGGUUGAAGAUAAUGUUAAUAAACACAGCUUUUAUACAUGCAUAAUAUCCAGAAGAAAUAAGCAGAUAGACGCUAGAUCUUUUUACUUCAACUUCUCAAUGUGUUCUUUUAAGCAUUAAACUUCUUCAAGCACUACAGCCAAAAACAUUCGUAUUUUCAGAACCUCCUUGUGUAAUGAGCGCCUCCUAGUGCAAGUUCAUAGUCCUGCUUAUCCAUAAACUAUACACAGUGAUUAGUGUAGUACUAAAAACCUUCAGCAGGUGUUCAAUCUUCAGUUUUGUAUGUAUCCUCUCAGCUGCAGUCCAAUGUAAACUUUCUGUGCUGGUUUCUGUAGCGUUCAUUUAUAUGUUCUUUCUUCUUAGAACUUAUGGCUCUAAAAUGUCAGUAUGCAAGAGUACUAGUUCAAGUGUCACUCAUGUAAAUAAUUCAAUAAAAGGGUAAUUUUUUCUAAAAUAC